AUGCAAAGUGUUCGAGUUCCCUUGUCAAAGCUGAAGGAGAUUCCCGCGCCAGAUCAUCCUCCUCAUCAAUCUCCCAACACGCCGGAGUCAGGAAGUGCCAGGAGAUUGCAUCUUGAUCCGGGCCCGUCUCCGUACCUGGCCAGAUCUGGGAAGCUUUCCACGAGUUCAGUUCAGUCGAUCGCUAUCACCAACGGCAUCACGCAGAUUCUGAACUCAGAGCACACAUGGCAGGACCUUGUCGGGCUCGAGAAAGAUAUCACACAUAUCCUCCGCAGGGCCACUGACCCAAACUCCUCCAGGGCCAGGUUUGAAAAUGCGUGCCCCGGGUACAAGUGGCAGGACGUGGGCGAUGAUUCAUACGCCAAGGAGUACCUUUGUGGUGUCAUCGCAGAGUUGAAUCGCCCGGCCUUACUGGAGGCGAACUGCUCCUCCUUCGAUGCACCAGAUCUCAGUCGCAUGGAUGAACGCUCGUGGGAUGGCGCGGACAUUCCUGAAGAGGAGGCGACAGGUGAAGAGCCGGUUCCCCAUGAGCCUCCUCCCAAGGAGCGGCGCAAGCUCUCACAAGGGAGGUCUCAUCAACGACCUGAUGGAAUGCAGCAGCCCAACGUCGUCCAGGAUGUUCCUGGUCCUGAUCCGAAGGACGGGAAACAAGGACAAGGCAACAUGCGUUCUGCUGCUCGAGGGGAGGGCAAAGCUCGGGAAGCUGAUUCGACCAGUGUGAAGGAGGCAAGCAGUCAAGUGCAAGAAGAGGCCUUGGAUAAGAAAGUUGAGGACAUGAAGUCGCUGUACUCGAGGUUAGAAGCGCUAGUGGAACAAGCAAAAUCGAUUGCGCAAAGUCGUGAUCAGAAGGAUCAGAUUUCUGACAUCAGAGGAUCCUUUCCAGAAGCUGAAAACAGUUCUAAAGGGCUGCAAGAUUCUCAAACUGUACAGACAGUCAGUCCUAACCCAGCGGCAUCGUUUCCAAGGCUUACAGUGAAUGGAGUCAAGUAUAAAGAUCAAAGCGGUUCAAAUAACGACAAGAGAAUUGAAUUUACGCCCAUCAACGCAUGCGUGAAUGAGGAAUUUGUUCCUGAAUCUUCCAGCAAGGGGGGUGUAAAAAAUGUUGAUAUCCAUGCAGUUGCAGAAGAUUCUAAGGAAGAGCCAGCUCUUGAUAUAAACCUCGAGUCUCAACUGACAGACGCUCACGAAUCAGGACAAGAAACGGCACCAUCGGAGAACUUCAGUUUGUCAAUAUCUGAACCAGCCAACGACAGCAAAGAUUCGGACCCAGCUCCGCCCAAGAACGGCUUUGUAGGCUGGAAAUGUGAUCGUAAGCUGUUGUCCAAAAGUCCCCCUUCUUCAAUCCAACGUGUGAUAGAAGCUCUUGUGUCGAGAUACCGGAACCCUGAAGCGAUCUUCCAGCACUUCGAUAGACCAGAAUUGGAGUGUGGGAAGGGAGACAAUGAAAUAACAAAGCUUGAGUUCAGGCUCGGAGUCCAGAAACUUCCUUUAGACCUCCCUGACGAUGAGAUUGAUGAGAUGUUUUCGUACAUUGACGACAAAGAGCGAGGGAGCGUUACCAUUGCAGACUUGGAGCUUGUGCUGAAAGCUUUCGGGUUCGAGAGAAAGGUUGCGGUCAAGAAAGCAAGCAAGUCAUUGAAAGCAACCCACAAGAGGGAGGCGGACAGCAAGUCUGAACCCAAGAAGAAACCGGCUCCUGCACAGAAGCCUUCGAAGUCAAAUGAACUGUCUGCUCUUUCGCACGAAAUCGCAGAGGAAAUACAGAGAUUGGACAAGUCCUUGGACGUGCUGGGCAAGAAGGUCUUUGAAAUGAAGCAAUCCUGCGAACAGUACGAGAUGAUCUCAGAGAGAUUCAGCCGGUCCUGCGACUGUGGCGAUGCCCUGGGGCAGAAGGCGCUGGUAGAUUCUGGCGAGGAGCUUCUCAACGUGAUGAAACGAUUGGGCGAGGAGUACAAGAAGAUUGCGGACGAAUUCCAUGAGAUCUGUGUGAACCUGAUCAGGAAACUCCCCCGAGACUACCGAGUUGUGUGGAAAGCUGCGGUCUGUAACGAGAUCGAUGACAAGGGGCUGAAGCUUCGAGAGCUUUCAGAUGAGAUGCACAUGUAUGAGAAGAGGCUGGCGGAUAUGAAUCACCUGCAGAAGCAGUGGAGAGCAUCGCUGAGGAACCCCAACCUGGACUUCACCAUCAAGGACCAGUCUCAGUCCGAGCUCAACGAGUUGCUGGCGAACUCGCGCAAGUGGAUGAGCAGGGCGGUCAAUCUGGGGCACUUGGACGAGGCCGGGCUGGUGGAGAAGCUCCAGAGCAAAGAGGUGAAAGUGACGUCAAGGGAAGCUGAAGAGCUCUCGCGCAAGCUCGAGCUGUCAAAGUUGGAAAUCCCGCAGAGAAGUGAAGGGGACGCGGUUGUUGUCCCUUCAACGUCAGCAAAGGACGCUGAACCGCGGAUCAUGGAAAGUGUCAGUGUGCUGUCCACGUUGACAUCCGGACCUGUCCCUGAAUCCAGGAGAGUCAAAGGCGCCUUACCGAUACAGAGACAGAUUGACAAGAUACAUGACUCACUUGGCGGAAGAAUGGAUUAUGAUGCAAUCUACAAGAGCUUGCAUGAUCUACAGAUGUUUCGAACUCAGUUCGAGAGCGAUCUGUUUCUCAGUGAUGCGAUUGCCGAGGACGUCACCGUCGUUGAAGAGAAGCAUGAUGAGUCCUUGGAAUUGAGCAAGCUGGAGAUCUCGAACAUGGUGCGAAAUGUUACCCACGAAAUCAAAGUUCUGCUAGACAGUGAAAUUCACUCGGCCGGCCAGCCCAAGAAGAAAAGUCCGCCAGGGAAACAAAGCAACAGCGAACCGACCAGCCUGCUGAGUCAUGAAAGAGACAAGAAGAAGGCCGACCGUAUGUCUUCACGUGACAACCCAGCGAAGGUCAGCCAGGCCCGGCUUCCUGUCAAACGAAAUCCAUCGAGACCGACGCCGAAAGUAGAGCGAAGUUUUGAGUCCAAUCCUUCUGUUAGACCUCAUGGUGUUCCAAACAAGGUGGAAAACCUUCGGAACAAGGUGCUGUCAAGGCCUGCCCGGCGUCAUACCACCCGCAAGGACCUGCCGCAGCACGUGGCGAGUGUUGCGGCAAGCAGGCAAGCUGUCUGUCACAACAAGAGCUCGUGGUCGAUGAGGCCUAUGUUGGUUUCUUCUUGCUCACUGCUGCCCCAAAGGGUUGAUGAGGAACACGAAAAGGAAGUGAAGGUGGAGAGAGUUGAAAGUUCCGUCAGACCGGGUGAAGUUUUCCGUCUGACGGUGAAUGUCAGCCAGUUUGGAAGGUCAAAGGAUGCUUUCCUUGGGCUGCUGGAACAGACAGUGCAGAUCAGCGGCAAACAGGCGAAAGUUGAAUUGUGGAACGAGGAGCAAGGCGUGCUUGAACUAAGGUCACUGACGAUAGAGCAGUGCAAGAUGCUUUCCUCCCUCUUGAACGAUCCCAACUCAGAGGCAUGGCGCACCUUGCGUUUGCUCAAAGUGGACAUGGGUGAAGGAAGGUCCUUGGCUGCUUCCGUGACUGACAGUCCUCCCCGGCAAGACUUGUACGUCACUUCACAUGAAGUCUCACCCAAGUUGUACUCGAGUGAGUGGGAGGAGGUCAGAGCCUCCAAGCCGACGGCUGAAGAUUCUGUCGAAGAAGCUCCAAGUCGAGUCGGUACAUCCAACCCGGCUCGGUCCCUCGACUUCGACCAGAGGAGGAUAGGAGACGAGAUGAGGACCAAAAGUGGCGAUGUGGAGAAGGAUAAUCAGAGGAGCCUGGCAGCUGACGAGGAUGCCCUGCAUGACUUCGUCACCAACUACCUCACACAUCACCUUCAGGCUCAGAUCUUGUCCAUGGCACUCGCCGGAAGGUGGCAGUCCGAAGUUGUCGCGUCCCGGGACGAGGACGAGGAGAGGCGGAGGUCGUGCAGGUCCCUUGCAGCGUCGAGGCUGUUAGGGGCGAAGGGGCUGGACAUGCUGAACCAACUCGGAACGAGUGUGGAGGAUGAGGAGGUUCUGUCCUGGGCAGAGGAAGCGCUGCUGGAAGAAGCGGCUCGGGCGAUGAAGGAGAUUAGAGAGGGCGGGAUGAGCCAGCGGGAUGGAGGGAGCAGGGGAGUUUUGGCUCAAGACCACGUGCGCGAGGUACCUGCUGACAGCGAGGCAGGGCAAGAGUUCGAGGAGGAGCUGGACGCGCUGAUUAUGGGUUGCCUGCUCGAAGGCAUCACCCGAGACAUUCUGGAUGGGAGGAGCGAGGCUCAUGAUGGUCAGGGUAGCGGGGGAAGCGGCGUGAUAGUUGUGAAGGAAGAAGUUCCCACAGCAGGUGGCGAGGUGAAGGCGUCGUCUGGUCAAGACACAACCACGGAGGGAGAGGAGUCAGGUCCACAGAGCGAGGAGGACGGCACCUCGGGCAACGGGGGGGACAUGCUGAGGGCGCAAGCAGGUGGCAGGAGCAGAGGAAAUGUGGAGCUGGUCUACGAGAUCAUGAAGGAGGAUGAGGGAGAGGAUCGAGGUCCCGCCGACAGCCACAGGCAGCUUCUCCAUGAUCGGUUGACUGUGAUGGAAGACUACAUGCGGCAGAUGCACCUCACUGUGCAGGAACAGCAGGCGCAGGGCUCGUUGGCGAGGCAGGAGAGUUCAGAGAUCAGAGAAGCUCUUGGAAAGAUCGCUGACUCGAUGCUCACGCUCACCAACCUCACGGAGAGGAUUGCAGACUCCAGCCAGACGAUGUGCACCAAGCUUGAUGAAGCUGCUCAGAAGGUGGAGACGAGCUUGGUGCAGAGUUUGUUAACUGCUCCUGCUCCUGCUCCUGCUCCUGCUCCUGCUCCUGCUCCUGCUCCUGCUCCUGCUCCUGCUGCCAUGUGCGAGGAAUCAUCCCAGACAGUCAUUCUUAUGGAUGAUUUCCCGACGAUUGCAAGCAAGCAAGAAGACGAGUCCUCCCAACCUGCGGUUUUCGAAGUCAGAAGGGAGGGAGGCGAUGGGGGUGACGGAGAAAAGGAGCAGCAGGGGGAGAAGGGAGUCCAGGAGAGGGGAGAAGAGCUCAACGAGGGAGCAGCGGAGGAAGGGGUGGAAGCCGAAGUGUUCGUAAGGGCAAACUCGGAGCAGGCGGCGGCGAGAGAGACGGAACUAGGAGGAGGGGAGGGAGGAGAGGAGGGACGAAGGGACGAAGAGCCACGCCCCGUGGAUGAUGGAUCCUUCCAGGAGCCUUCUUCUUGCUCAGCGAUUGAGGAAUUCGAUUUGACUCCCCCCAAGUCUUCGAGCGACAGCCUUGCCUGGACCCCCAUGCGGGGAUGCGAGGAGACGAGCUCCUGUGACCUGCAGGAAAAACUCGAGGCGGCGGCAGACGAAAGGGUGGAGGAAGGAGAGAAACAGGAGGAGGGUGGGGAGAAGGAGGGAGCGAUGAACGAAGGAGGGGAAGGGGAAGAGCUUGGGGACUUGAUGGGCGCUGGGGACUGGAGCAUCGUGGAGGAGGUCAGCGGCUCGCAGGGGAUGGCAACAGUGGCAGUGCAGGUGACGUCAAGCGAGCUGACCAUCACGGAGGGGAUGAGCUCCCGUGCCAUGGCGAUCGCUUCCUUGCAGCAUGGCGAGAGCUCGCAGAGGGUGAAGGAGGACAGAGCUCCGGUCUCGCAGGAGCAGGGAGUCCAGACGGAGGUAGCAGAGAGCUCGACGGGGUCAUGGCAGCGAGCAGCAGAGUCUCUGUCGGAGGGAGAGUUGAAGGUCAACACCUCCUCCGAGCUGGAGAGCAGCAGGAUAGAAGACGUGGGGGUGGAGGAGGAUGCCUCAACCAGGAGCGGGCCGAGUGUGAUAUGGGACGAGGAUGAGGAGGACGAGGAUGAGGAUGAGACGUCAGAGCUGUCGGAGGGGGAGUCCCUCGUCCUCUUCGACAUCUUCGCUGCCGCCAGGAUCGUCUUCUUUGGGGCAUGUGCGAGGAAAGUGGCAACACAGAAGGCCUGCAUCUCCUUGAGCGACCGGGAAGAGGAGGGAGGGAGGAAGGGAGGACAGCGGAGGUGCUUCAAGGUGCAAAGAAGGCAACUUACCACUGCGUCUUCGUCCGAGGCCGAGCGGAUACAAGUUGUCAUGUCGUCUACCAACACUGUGACAUCCUUGGGCGCUUCUUCUGACUGCGGCGUGUCCAUCGCGUUGGUCACCGCCAGCUGCCAGGGGAGGUCAGCUAGGCAGAGUCUAGCUGCAGUCCAGCUCACCUUGGUCUGCUUGAGGGGAAGGCUAGUUGGCCCAGUGGACUCCGAUCUGAGGCGGGGGGAGGGGCGAGCGAGCGAGGGGCGGGACCUUGUCGGAUCUGGAGAUCAUGAGGGCAUGGCGGACGACGGAGGGCUCGAGGUGCUUGAGCAUGUCCGCCUCGCAGUAGACGGCGCUGGACCCGGUGUUGGCCCUCAUCAGACACUGCGGGAGCCACGUCAGACGUUCAUGGGGAUACAUCUUGCCGCAGGAGAUCCAGAGAUCGCCAUUCCAGCGCUCUGCGGGCAGACUUGA